AUGAUUGUUGCCGUUUCAACCCUCAAAACAAAAUGCAUCGACGCACUGCAUGGGCUACGAGGUGAGCGUGUUCCAGAAGUGAAUGCAGCGCUACUCACCAGUGUCGACGCACUGCAUGGGCUGCGAGGUGAGCGUGUUCCAGAAGUGAAUGCGGCGCUACUCACCGGUGUCGACGCACUGCAUGGGCUGCGAGGUGAGCGUGUUCCAGAAGUGAAUGCGGCGCUACUCACCGGUGUCGACGCACUGCAUGGGCUGCGAGGUGAGCGUGUUCCACCAGUGAAUGCGGCGCUACUCACCGGUGUCGACGCACUGCAUGGGCUGCGAGGUGAGCGUGUUCCACAAGUGAAUGCGGCGCUACUCAUCGAUGUCGACGCACUGCAUGGGCUGCGAGGUGAGCGUGUUCCAGAAGUGAAUGCGGCGCUACUCACCGGUAUCGACGCACUGCAUGGGCUGCGAGGUGAGCGUGUUUCACCAGUGAAUGCGGCGCUACUCACCGGUGUCGACGCACUGCAUGGGCUGGGAGGUGAGCGUGUUCCAGAAGUGAAUGCGGCACUACUCACCGGUAUCGACGCACUGCAUGGGCUGCGAGGUGAGCGUGUUCCAGAAGUGAAUGCGGCGCUACUCACCGGUAUCGACGCACUGCAUGGGCUGCGAGGUGAGCGUGUUCCACAAGUUAAUGCGGCACUACUCACCGGUAUCGACGCACUGCAUGGGCUGCGAGGUGAGCGUGUUCCAGAAGUGAAUGCGGCGCUACUCACCGGUAUCGACGCACUGCAUGGGCUGCGAGGUGAGCGUGUUCCAGAAGUGAAUGCGGCGCUACUCACCGGUGUCGACGCACUGCAUGGGCUGCGAGGUGAGCGUGUUCCAGAAGUGAAUGCGGCGCUACUCACCGGUAUCGACGCACUGCAUGGGCUGCGAGGUGAGCGUGUUCGAGAAGUGAAUGCGGCGCUACUCACCGGUAUCGACGCACUGCAUGGGCUGCGAGGUGAGCGUGUUCCAGAAGUUAAUGCGGCACUACUCACCGGUAUCGACGCACUGCAUGGGCUGCGAGGUGAGCGUGUUCCAGAAGUGAAUGCGGCGCUACUCACCGGUAUCGACGCACUGCAUGGGCUGCGAGGUGAGCGUGUUCCAGAAGUGAAUGCGGCACUACUCACCGGUAUCGACGCACUGCAUGGGCUGCGAGGUUAG